CCUGAAACAAUAUGAUUUGGCUGAAAUAUAAGUGCUGGAUGAAGCAUGAUGGAAAGCACAAAAGUUCCUUUCUUUCAUAGAUUUUGCAAUUGAUCUUUGAUGUUGUGGAGCAUCCUAAUUCAAAAGAACUACAAUUAUUAUUCACAAGAAGAAAAUAAAAAAGAAAAGGAACUGUUCUGGCUCUUGUAAUUUUAUUUUAGACUGACUUGUCCAUGCAGUUGGCAACCUUACUGAUUCUUUUCCACAUUCUCUCUCUCCCCUCCCCCCCAAAUUUUUUCCUCGGAGCUCCUUAGCAGGUGCCAACUCUGACUGCCACGAGAGGAAGUGUAGGUUGAAGCACUGCCUGGACACAGUUUAAGUGCAAUCAAGGGUUAAGGAAAGCAUAUAAGAUGGAAGAGAUGGGAAAGUCUGGCAAUGAUAGGGCUGACUCUGGUAUCACUGCCAAAGACCAAGAAGGAACAAGUAUGGAAAAAAAUGAUUGCGUUCAACAAUCAGUUAACAUGGAACAACAACCUCAAGAAAACCAACUAAAUCCAAUUUCAAGCUCUAGGGAUUCCUCAGUCCAAUCUCACUGCCUAGUCUGCUCAGGCAAACAAAGCUGCCAAAUAGUCCGUUCAAGAACUAAACAAAUGAACAAUUUGAUAGAAAGAGGGAAAGCUCAUGAAGUCCAGUCCAUUUUUGACAGUUUAAUGGAGGGGGGACACCGACCAUCCCUAAUAACAUAUACAACUCUAUUAGCUGCCUUGACUGUCCAGAAGCGCUUCAUGUCCAUUCCGUCACUUAUCUCUCAGGUGGAAGAGAGGGGAAUGAAGCCUGACUCAAUUUUCUUCAAUGCUAUUAUCAAUGCUUUCUCCGAGUCUGGAAAUUUUGAGGAAGCCAUGAAAACCUUCUGGAGGUUGAAGGAAAGUGGAUCUAAACCCACAACCAGUACCUUCAAUACCUUAAUCAAAGGGUAUGGUAUUGCUGGUAAGCCGGAAGAAUCCCUUAAACUACUAGAGCUAAUGUCCAAGGAGGAAAAUGUGAAACCCAAUCACAGGACGUAUAACAUCCUAGCCAGAGCUUGGUGUAACAAGAAGAACAUUACGGAAGCCUGGAAUGUGGUUUAUAAGAUGGUAGCAUCUGGUUUGCAGCCUGAUGUUGUUACAUUCAACACACUAGCAAGAGCUUAUGCACAGAAUGGGGAGACAAGUAUGGCUGAAGGGAUGAUCUUAGAGAUGCAGAACAACAAUGUGCAGCCCAAUGAGCGUACAUGUGGCAUCAUCAUAAGUGGGUAUUGUAAGCAGGGUGAUAUGGAGGAUGCCUUGAGAUUUGUGUACAGGAUGAAGAAUCUCCAGGUGCAUCCCAAUCUGGUUGUUUUCAACACUCUGAUAAAAGGUUUUCUAGAUAUUACAGACAAGGAUGGGGUUGAUGAGGUCCUGACAUUAAUGGAAGAAUUUGGCGUCAAACCAGAUGUGAUAACAUUCAGCACCAUCAUGAAUGCAUGGAGUACAGCUGGACUCAUGGACAGAUGCAGAAAGAUCUUUGAUGACAUGGUGGAGGCUGGUAUAGAACCUGACAUCCAUGCAUAUAGUAUUCUUGCAAAAGGUCAUGUGCGUGCACGUCAACCAGAAAAGGCUGAAGCACUUCUAACGACAAUGGUAGAUUUGGGUGUGCGUCCAAAUGUUGUGAUCUUCACUACCAUCAUUAGUGGAUGGUGCAGUGCAGCAAAAAUGGAAUAUGCAAUAAGAGUUUUUGAGAUGAUGUUGAAAUUUGGUGUCUCUCCCAAUGUGAAGACGUUUGACACCCUGAUAUGGGGAUUUGGAGAAGCAAAGCAGCCGUGGAAAGGAGAAGAAAUGCUUCAAACCAUGGAAGAUAUGAGGGUCCUGCCUGAGAAGAGCACAAUCCAGCUUGUAUUAGAGGCCUGGCGUGCUGUUGGUUUAGUGAGUGAGGCCAAUAGGUUCUUGGGUACGAUAGAUCGGGAAUUGAUUCUUCUCUCGGACACAAAGGACGAGAUACCAGCAGAGAGCCUGGAAAGGAUUUAUCAGAAACAAGAUCUGAUUGCUCCUUAUUCCAAUCAGUUGCAGGUACCAGGGGUAGUCAUUAGCGAUCAACAAGGGCCAGCAGCUGCUAACAAAAGAAGCCGGAUGGUGUUGAGAGACACAGAACUCUCAUCAGAGAGUCUCUGGCCUGCCACUAAAUCCAUGUUAUCUACUCAUACAUGUGGGUUUGGGGCAAAUUCACCAAUUAUAUGCCGGAAGCAAUCCCAAGUUCAGCUUGGAAUAUAUGGACAGCUUGUAAAUUCAUGUAGACAGGUGUUUUUGAAUUGAG